GGAAAGUACCCACUAGCGCAACGCAUCGAGGAUAAGAAACGCGGUAUUGGGCGGCAGCGAUAUCCUUUUGCUGUCUGGGUUCUUACGGCGGCCAUGAUUGGCGUUAUGAUCUACGAGCUUGUUUACAACGAUAAGGAGCAAGGAAAUCCGUUUUCCUUCAAGCCGGUCGUCAAUCCUAUGCUGGGACCGUCUUCAAGCGGUCUGAUUCAUCUGGGAGCUAGAUUUCCUGCUUGUAUGAAGGACGUUUCUGCUAUUCCCGUUGACACACAGCUCGCGUGUCCUAACAACACGGCAAAUCCUGUAACUCGUGUUUGCGAUCUCGAAGAAGUUUGUGGUUUCGGUGGCUUCCAUAGCCAGACGCCCAACCAAUGGUUCCGUUUCAUCACUCCGAUAUUUCUCCAUGCCGGAAUAGUUCACAUAUUGCUGAACAUGGUGGCCCAGUUAACCGUAUCGGCUCAGAUUGAGCGUGAGAUGGGAUCUGGGGGAUUCCUGCUGACUUACUUCGCGGCGGGGAUAUUCGGGAAUGUUCUGGGUGGUAAUUUCGCACUAGUGGGCUUACCUAGCACCGGUGCUAGCGGCGCAAUUUUCGGAACAGUUGCGGUGACAUGGGUAGACCUUUUAGCUCAUUGGAGAUAUCAUUAUCGACCUGGCCGUAAGGCGAGUCUUGAUGGGUUGAUGCGUUUGUCUUUUGCUGAUAGUCCUGUGCAGUUGGCGUGGAUGAUCGUAGAACUUCUGCUAGGUGUUGCAAUGGGAUAUAUACCCUGUAAGCUGACACUGAAUCUACCCUUAGCUCAUCUUGGUGGAUUCCUCAUGGGCCUGCUUGUUGGCAUGUUCUUCUACCCGGUGAUUUCUGUGACGAAACAGCACAAAGGGGUUGUUUGGGGCUUCCGUCUGGUAGCCCUACCUCUCAUAAUCGUCCUCUUCGUUGUUCUCAUACGCAACUUCUAUACAACGGAUCCAAAUGCGGCCUGUCCUGGUUGCCGGUAUCUGUCUUGCCUUCCUCUGAAACUGAAUCAGGUGCGAUGCCUGCCACGGUGCCAAACUCGUAACUGA